UAGAGGAGAAAAGUAGAAGAGAAGAGAACGAAGGAGAAAGAGGGAGAGGGAAGAGAAAGGAAGAAGAGGUAGAAAGAAAGAGAGGAAGAGACGGGAAAGAUAGAUGACAGAGAGAAGAGGAGAUAGAAAGAAAGAAGGAGCCGUAUAAGUUGUUUUGAAGAAAACAAGAUCAGAAACAAGAGAGGAAAAGAGGAAGAGGUUGUCUGGAAGUUGAAAGCAGGAACUUGGUCUUGGUUUUGGUUUGCUUAUCUCAGGUGGUCAGUGAAACUCUUCGAAGCGCCCAUUGUUUUACCUUGGUCUUCAAGAAAGGCUGCUCAGAAUUUUGAAAUUGAUUAUACAGCCUGUUUUUUUUUUUGCAUGCCAGAUAACAGAAGCCAAUGUUUACAACACCAGUUUGACCAUGUAAUUUUGAGACAUGUUUCCACCAUUGCAAUGUAGAGAAAGUUUGGUCUGUUAACAAGGAAUCAAGGAUGUUUUCCCCAUUCAUCAUGAUCCAGAAGACUUUUGUGAUCCCCAGAAGGUUGCCCCUUCCAGGUUUGAUGCUAGACACACGCCACCUGAGCACCACCACAGCGCCACCAAAACCACCGAUGGCCACCUUGGCCUCAACCAAAGAGCUUCAUGCCCACCUCGUCAGAACCUACCUACACAAAGACCCAUCUUCAAUCUCUGACGUUCUCAGAUUCUAUGCACUAUCUCCACCACACUUAAACAAAGCAUGUUUCGUCUUCAAUCAUAUCAAGCGACCCACAUUGAUGAUUUGGAACCUCAUGAUCCGAGGACUGUCACAGAGUGAAAAGCCCAGUGAAGCAAUUCAAAUGUAUAGCCGAAUGAGCCAAGAAGGAUUAGUUGGGAACAAUUUGACCUUCAUAUUCAUUUUCAAGGCCUGUGCUCGAGUUUCGGAUAUUGUAUGUGGCCAAAAGGCUCAAGCUUGUGCUUUGAAACUUGGGUUCGAAUCGUAUCUGUAUGUUUCCAAUGCUUUGAUUCAUAUGUAUUCGAGUUGUGGUGAUUUGGGUUGUGCCAGGAAGGUGUUUGACGAAAUGCUUGUGAGGGAUGUGGUGUCUUGGAACUCUUUGAUAUGUGGGUAUAGUCAGUGUAACAGAUAUAAUGAGGUUUUGGCUAUAUUUGAGGCAAUGAGAGUGACACAGAAUGUGAGGGCAGAUGCGGUGACGAUGGUGAAAGUUGUUUUGGCAUGUAUUCACUUGGGUGAAUGGGAAAUUGCAGAUCGUAUGGUGAAGUAUGUGGAUGAAACUGGCGUUGGUGUGGAUGUUUACUUGGGGAAUACUCUGAUAGAUAUGUAUGGACGCCGUUGUUCGCCGCUUUUGGCUCAGGAAGUGUUUGAUCGGAUGCGUGAAAGGAAUGUUGUAUCAUGGAAUGCCAUGAUCAAUGGAUACGCGAAGGUUGGAAGGUUGGUUGAUGCAAGGAAGUUUUUUGAUAGGAUGACGAAUAAGGAUGUGAUUUCUUGGACUUCCAUGAUCACUGGUUAUUCUCAAGCUAACCAACAUGCUGAGGCAGUGAGUCUUUUUCGUGAAAUGAUGGCAGCUAAUGUCAGGCCAGACAAGGUGACAGUGGCUAGUGUGCUAUCUGCUUGUGCUCAUGUGGGUUCCUUGGAUGUGGGAGAAGCUCUGCAUAAGUACAUAAGGAAGCAUGGAGUGAAAACAGAUGUUUACGUAGGGAACGCUUUGAUAGAUAUGUAUUGCAAAUGUGGGGUGGCUGAGAAAGCAUUGGCUGUGUUUCAAGGGAUGGAUAAGAAAGAUUCUGUGUCAUGGACUUCAGUAAUUUCAGGCCUAGCAGUAAAUGGUUUUGCAGAUUCUGCACAUGAGUUCUUCUCAGAGAUGUUAACAGAAGGUAUCCGACCAACUCAUGGAACAUUUGUUGGGAUUCUUUUAGCUUGCGCUCAUGCUGGAUUAGUGGAUAAGGGAUUGGAAUACUUCGAAAGCAUGGGAAAGAUUCAUGGACUAAUGCCAGAGAUGAAACAUUACGGGUGUGUUGUGGAUCUUUUGAGUCGUGCUGGUAAACUGCAGGAGGCGUAUGAGUUCAUGCAGAAUAUGCCUGUGGUUCCUGAUGUUGUUGUAUGGAGAAUUUUGCUGGGUGCUUGUCAAGUUCAUGGAAAUCUGGCCUUGGGUGAGAUUGUGUCACACAAGCUUAUCGAAUUGGACCCUUCUAACAGUGGGAACUAUAUUCUCUCAUCAAAUAAUUAUGCAAGUUCACAUAGAUGGGAUUGUGUUGCAAAAAUGAGAGGAUUGAUGGAUGAGAGCAAUGUGCAGAAGCCAUUUGGUAGUAGCUCCAUUGAAAUUAAUGGUGCAUUAUCAAAUAACUUAUCUAAUACAUCAUAGGAUCAGUAAAGUAUUCAUCAACAUACAUAGAUCAAUGGUUAUUUGCUCUUAAAUAUCUUAUCUGAACCUGACCAUAUCGCAAUGACUGUGCGAACUGGUCUUGAAACAGAGACCAGAUACAAGGUCACGCCCGACAGUCCUCUUAAAUACUGCCAGCAAAGUUUUCAAGCUUUUGAAAGCACAAGUCGUGACAGUUUAAUUUUCUUAUCUGUGAUAUUAAAUAAUGGGCUGGUUUUAGAAUUGGUGAAGGAAACUCAAUGAUGUCUGGUAGCUUAGCUUCUAUGUUGAACAAACUUUGGUGGCAUACAGGGAUAUGUGUACUAAGAAUAACAACAAAAUUAUGAAUGAACUUCUGUCACUCCCUUGCUCAGAUUUAUUGGCUAUUCGGGAUUUGCAGGGUUGCAGCUGCUAAUGGCUUGGUUUGGUUCAAGCGAUGGGAUGGGGCCAUACUUCUUGCUGUCGUUGGUGGUAAGAUAUAGGAGGGCAUCCACUUAAACGAUGGGAUGGGGUGGUGUGUAGUCAUAGUUGGACUGCCCUACGCGAGCCUUUCUGAUAUUGAGCUAAUGGAGAGGGUAAAGGACAUUGAAGGAUUGAGAAAUUCAAAUUCAAUUAAGAUGACCAACUCACGUGGUGAAGCAUAUGAAGGAUUUAAUAUCCUCCGAAGUUGCAGACACAGAGAAAAGAAUAUUACAAGAAUUUUUGCAUGAAAGCUGUAAAUCAGUCCAUUGGUAUGUUUUUCUGACAUCCAUAAUUUUGUUCAACUUCAGUUUUUUUAGAGCUAGCUUGCCACUUUUUAUUUUAUGUAGCCACAGUUAUAAAGUUAUAAUUAAAUUAUGAUCCUAAUUUUUGAUAUAGAUUUUCAAAUAUUGAAGUGGGAUUUUCUUGUCUAGAUUAGGUAGAGCAAUCCGGCACAUAAAUGAUUAUGUAGCAAUUCUACUAGUUGAUACUCGCUAUGUAGCUGAUUCCUUCACAUAGAAUUACAGCCAUCCAACUAGCAAACCCAUGGAUAUAGAAUCGGUUUGUUGCUUCCAUGUGAUUACGGGCAACUUCAUAAGAUGUUGCAUCAAUUUUUUUAGUUAUAACAAAAAAGGAUGGUCUCAGCUGUAAGUUGAUGAAGGCUGAGAUUGUGAGAUAAGAAUGCAGAAGCAGCUACAUCUUACAGAGCUUUGUAAGCAGCAAAUUUUGUCCAACUAAACCAAAAGUCUAAAAUGCAAUUUGAUAUAUAGUUGAACGUCUAUAGAAUUUCAAGCUUCUUAAUGCUGAGCUCUGCCUUUAUCUCAUCUUUCCUUUCAUACUAUUUCCUA